CAUACUCGCGCAUACGUCGAUUCGAUCACCUUAUCGAUACGCCUUCCGCUAUAUCGAUUGCCGCACGGAAUUCUUCCCAGUGAUGCUACCUCAAGCGAACACCAGUGGUUGUACUGCCAGGAAGUUUUAAAUGAUGUAUCAAUAGUGUUGCGGCAGUAGAAACAGACUGAACGGGCACCGUCUUUAACUCAACCCAUGUGCGUCAGUCCGGUGUUUGUGCCCAAGGAGAUAACGUGAUGUGACAACGAUACUUAUUGAAGUGGCAGUGGAAUAGUUUUGUGAAAGUGUGCAGCGAGCGUGAGUGAACAGACGGCUGCCGGCGCGGCCCCGGCCGGCGCCCCGUCACAAUGUUGAAUUGCACCGAUCUGGAAUGCAUCCUGCAUCACCAUCACUAUUAUGCACAUCUACACCACAUUCACCAUUUGCAAAAUGCGCAGGAUUCAGCAAUGUCGGCCGAUGGGUCGACGACAGACAUUCACGGACUACUCAACGAUACUGAUUCGGAUCUCACCGGCCGUUCACAUGUUGAUGCCCCGAAUGAUGCGAAUUACAUGAUUGGCGGUGUGGUGAUAGCCAUGGCCCUCGUGGGGCUAAUAAUUGUGCUGCUGGCUCUCACUAUCAACAAGCUGCGUAAGCGUGAGGAGCACUCGGCUUCGGUGCAUCCGGCCGAAGCAGUGCUCCAGGCCGCUCCGCAACCACCGCCCGAGCCUCUUGCCUUUCGUCAGCAGCCCCUGUGGCAGUUCCCACCACCGCUGCCUCCGCCUUACGUCUAUUCCCACGAUCAGGACAAUAUGAUGCAGCCCCUUGGCAAUGAGCGAGCGAGUUUUCGCAGUUUACGAAAAAACAUUGGCGGUCGUUGGAAGCGACUCGUCAAUAAGAAGCCUGAGCAAGAAGUGUACACAAUCCCGCCUGAGCUCAAGCCUCAACUCAAGCAAAUAUAUGUGUACUAACUACUUUCUGUUUACGACUAUAAUGGCAGAGAAGCAGGAAUCUUCAAUGCUAGUUUAAGAUAGACUUCAACCAAGAGCUCCAUGGUUGUAAUAUUAAAAAAUCAUAUCUUACUGUUAAAACCAUAUCUGUAUUCGAAUAUCAGGAAACAUCUAUGCACGGGCUUUAUGCCUUCUGUAUCUUUCAACAUAUCUUUCGACCAAUUAACUUUUAUGACCAAUAUUUAAUCUUUCAUUCAACACUUUGUGAUUAUAAGCCUAGAUGUAUUAAUAAGUAUUAGAACACUGAAGUUUGAGUGUUGUUCCGUUAUUGAUAUUUGAAUGUUGGAAUAUGAGUGAUAGUCAAAUGAAUUAGUUUAAUUUUUAAUUUAAAGUUACGAAUGGAAUUAGGAAAGUGCGGUCGCGCAUACUAGUGACGAAAAUCCAAUAAUUAUGAUAGAAGCUGAUGCCUUGUAACCAUGUAAUUUUAACUGAUUAGGGCAUUUUGUAGUUCAUUAACUUAUUCUAGACGAUGAUCGUAUCUUUAGAUGUAGGUACAUCGAUCAAAUAGUAUCAUGAAGCUAUACAUAUGUAAGCUAACCUAUCAUCUUAUGGAAACGAAUGUGGAACCUUAUUGUUUGAUGCAGUAUUUUAUAUGAAGCAUUUGAGUUGCGAGCGAGACUGAUAUAUUGUUCAAAUUAUUAUGUAACGUAACACCUGAAAUAUUAUCUAAAUAUCGUUCAAUGUUCUGAUCGUCUUCUGAUUUUUUUUUCUGAGAAUUAUGAAUGACCUAGUUGUAAAGUUACGUUACUUGCAUGCUUUGUUAGUGUAAUUUUCUGGUUUUCGCCCGGUCUUUUCCUACUGUGAUAUAAAAUGAUAAAUAAAUAAUGAUUGAUGAUGAAAUUUUGAGUUUAAAUUCGUUUUGACCUGUCAAUUAUCAGUAGGAUGGACCGACGGUCGAGAAUUGUGAUAGCUCAUAUUGAGCCAGAUAUUCUGAUGAAUUAAGUUUGUAGAUGUAGGUACAAUAAACUCAGCCAUGGUAAUAUAUUAUUUUCGUUAGAAAUCUGUUGCAAAGGAUACAAUGUUAUAAAAAGUGUAUUUUAACAGUGUGCAGUUACUUCAAUCUAUCAUUGACAUAGAGAAAAAUAAAUUCCAUCAGGAUGUUA